GGGGGCGUGCGUGGCCCAGAGUCCUGAGCGCGCGCCGGGGGUGGUCGCGGGGCACGCGCCGGGCCGCCCCCUCCCCACGCGGGGCGCGCGUGCGCGGUUCCGCUGCGGCCCAAGGAGCCGCGAUGGAGGGCGCUCUGACUGUUCGCCAGGCAAUAAAUGCAGGGGAUUCAAGCUUUGCCCCUGAGCCACAGGAAGAGUUAGAGGAGAAUCCUAGCCCAGUUGCGGAUGAGAAUAAUACAGUGUCAGCAAAAAAACAGGGGCCAAAUUUACAUAACUGGAGUGGUGACUGGAGCUUUUGGAUUUCAAGUGCCACCUAUAAAGACAGGAAUGAGGAAUACAAAAGACAGUUCACACACUUACCUGAUACAGAGAAGCUGAUAGCAGAUUAUGCUUGUGCUCUUCAGAGAGACAUUUUGCUUCAGGGACGUCUCUAUCUUUCAGAAAACUGGCUGUGUUUCUAUAGCAACAUCUUCAGAUGGGAAACUACAAUUUGUAUUGCAUUAAAGAACAUAACCUUCAUGACCAAGGAGAAAACUGCUCGACUCAUCCCAAAUGCUAUCCAGAUUGUUACAGAAAGUGAAAAGUUUUUCUUUACAUCUUUUGGUGCCAGAGACAGAAGUUACCUCAGUAUCUUUAGGUUGUGGCAGAAUGUACUAUUAGACAAGAGCUUGACCAGACAGGAAUUCUGGCAGCUGCUCCAGCAGAACUAUGGUAAUGAGCUAGGCUUAAAUGCUGAAGAGAUGGAAAACUUGUCUUUGUCAAUCGAGGAUACUGUGCAGCCAAGAAGUCCAGGAAGAAGCAGCUUGGAUGAUUGUGGGGUGACAGAUGAAAAAUUUUCCAAGUCCAUAAGUUUUACACGAGAAUCAGUUAAUCGUGUUUCAGAGACAGAGUCAAUUGAUGGAAAUUCACCAAAAGGGGGGUUAGGGAAAGAGGAACCCCCAAGUGAGAAACAGAUCAAAAAGAGUCCUUUACUAACUUCAGAGAAGAGGUUAAGUAGAGUGCCAUCAAAAUCACUGGACUUGAAUAAAAAUGAAUAUCUUUCUCUGGACAAAAGCAGCACUUCAGAUUCUGUUGAUGAAGGAAGACCUACUCUGGCACCCAGUGGCCAGAUAGAAAAUAUGCCUGAGAAAGAUCUUCAUGGAAGACUUUAUAUCAACCGUGUUUUUCAUAUCAGUGCUGAGAGAAUGUUUGAAUUGCUCUUCACCAGUUCACGCUUCAUGCAGAGAUUUGCCGAUUCUAGAAAUAUAAUAGAUGUAGUGUCCACCCCUUGGAAAAUAGAACCUGGAGGUGAUCAACUGAGAACCAUGACCUACACUAUAAUCCUUAAUAAUCCACUUACUGGAAAGUGCACCACUGCCACUGAAAAGCAGACACUGUAUAAAGAAAGUCGGGAAGCACAAUUUUAUUUGGUAGAUUCAGAAGUACUGACACAUGAUGUUCCCUACCAUGAUUACUUCUAUACCCUGAACAGAUACCAUAUCAUCCGAUCCUCAAAACAGAAAUGCCGGCUGAGAGUUUCUACAGAUGUGAAGUACAGGAAACAACCGUGGGCCAUUAUCAAAUCUCUAAUUGAAAAGAAUUCCUGGAGUUCAUUGGAGGACUAUUUCAGACAGCUUGAAUCAAACUUAUUAGCGGAAGAAUCUGUGUUAAAUCAGUCCGUUGAAGACGCUGGAAAACUUAGUGGCUUACGAAGGAGAAGGCGAACAUUCAACCGAACAGCAGAAACAGUUCCUAAACUUUCUUCUCAGCGCUCUUCUGGAGAUGUGGGCUUGGAUGCCAAAGGGGAUAUUUCAGGAAAGAAAAAGGAAAUGGAAAUCUGUAAUACUGCCCUUAUUGUGGUGAUGAGUAUUUUUUUGCUGUUGCUAGUUCUGUUGAAUGUGACGCUGUUUCUGAAGCUGUCAAGGAUAGAAUCUGCUGCUCAGUCCCUUUACCGUCUCCACCUCCAAGAAGAGAAAUCUCUGCAUUUAGCCUCUGGUAUGCUGUCAAGAGCAGAAAGUAUUGAGAAGAACAAAGACCAGGCCCAUCGUUUAAAAGGAGUGCUCCGAGACUCUAUUGUGAUGCUUGAACAGUUUUGAGAGAGAGACAUCAUGAUCAAGGGAGGAGGGGCAGAGAGAGAAGGAGACACAGAAUCUGAAGCAGGGUCCAGUCCAGGCUCCCAGCCAUCAGCACAGAGCCUAACGCAGGGCUCAAACCCACAAACUGUGAGAUCAUGACCUGAGCUGAAGUCGGAUGCUUAACUGACUGAGCCACCCAGGCGCCCCUCGAUUAACACAUAUUUUAUAUGUUACAUGUAUUAUGUGCUGUAUUCUAACAAUGAAGUAAGCUAGAGAAAAGAAAAUGUUAUUAAGAUCAUAAGGAAGAGAAAACACAUUUACAGUACUGUCCUGUAAAAAAUCCACAUGUGAGUGGACCCUCGCAGUUCAAACCUGUGUUGUUCAAAGGUCAACUGUAUACAUCUACCUCAUUCUUUUUAUUGAUACUUCUAUAUAAAAAUUUAUGCUUAAUAUUAACUUUUUGUAGAAGUACACUGUAUACACUGUUGAUUAUUUUGUUUUUAUCUAUUCACCAUAUAUCUUGGAGAUGCUUCCAUAUUAGCAUAAAAGCAGCUCCUAUUAACAAGUGCAUAGAAUUCAACUGUAUAAGUCUACCAUAAUUACUUAUUUUACCAGCCCUCCGUUAAAGAAUAAACAUUUAGGUUGUUCUGAUGUGUUGCUAUAAACAUUCAUCUCUUUAAAAAAAUUUUUUUUAAUGUUUUAUUUAUUUUUGAGAGACAGAGACAGAGAGACAGAGAGAGCAUGAGCAGGGGAGGGGCAGAGUGAGAGAGAGAGAGAGAGACAGAGAGAGAGAGAGAGAGAGAGAAUCUGAAGCAGGCCCCAGGCUCUGAGCUGUCAGCACAGAGCCCGACGCGGGGCUCAAAUUCACGGGCUGUGAGAUCAUGACCUGAACCGAAGUUGGACGCUUAACCAACUGAGCCACCCAGGUGCUCCUGAAGAUUUAUUUCUUGAGGACAGUAUCAUCAAUAUGUGAUGCUCAGUUCCAUGAGUCAAAACUUAGGAUUCCCUUUGAAAAAUAAGAUUACUGUUUCCAUCAUAAUAUAGUACGUGCGUACUUUUCAAGCUUAAAAAAGAGAAUGGUAGAAGAGUAGAAAACUUAUAGUUCUAGCAUUCAGACAUAGUCACUAUUAAUAUUUUGUUUCCUUCUAUCCUUUUUUUCUGUGCAUUGGUUUUUAGAAGAUUCAUUUUUUUCUCAGGAUGCCAUGUGGGGCAUUAAAGUUGCCCCAACUUACAGGUGCUUCAACUAGGCAUUUGUCACAUGCGUGGUAUCUACAGCUCUUGGUGCCAUUCCCCUCCCACUCUCAGUGGGAAUAGGUCAUAUUUGCACUUUCCUCCUCAGCCUCCUGUUUCCCCGACUCUCAACUGAUGACUCUGCCUCAAAGAGAAAAGAGAGUUUUCCUCUCCUUCCGUAACCAGACCUACAGACCCUCCAAUUGCUGCACUCUGUCCUCUUGUCCACAGCUGUCAGAGCAUCACUCUGCCUGUGAGGAGAGUCCCAGCAUGUGCUAGUGGGAGACCCUGUUCGUCCAUCACCCUCAGGCUUCCCAUUUCAGUCUCCCUCAUUCAACUGGAUCUUUCCCAUCUGCACAUGGUCCCUGCUCUAGUCUCUUCUACAUCAAAGCACCCACGCCAUCCACAUCCUUCUCUCUCUGCUCCCUUUCACAGUCGGGCUCUUUCCCAGUUGCCUGUGGUGGCUGCCACUACUUUAUCCUUCAUAACCUGUUCACUUUUUUAAGGUUUUAUUGUCACCAAAGUCACUCCUUCACAUGGUUAACUUGUUCUACCAGGCUCACUCAGAAAAAAAGCAGUCCCACUAUAUACUUUCCCAAAUACAACAGUCUUUAACUCUUUUAGUUUCUUUUGGUGUGUACCUCCAUAUUUAUAAACAACAAGCAUGUACUGAUACUUCUUGGUUUUUCAGUUUUAGACAUGAUCAUUUGACCCAUUAUGGAAGACAAACGUUUUGUUUUGUUUUCUUUCACCUCUUCCUGCCUCCAUUUCUGAUCCCCCAUGCUCCCAAAGAAGUUAUAAUCUUGGUAUGAUCAGCAUCCAGUGUUUAUUUUGACAAAGUUUGCUAUUCUGAGCUGAGCAAUGGAAUAAACCAGGACUACUUUUUCUUUUCUGUGCUUUUUCUUAUUCCUGAAAUUGUCUUACUACUGUUGGUUAAUUAACCAUUAUUUUUAAGUAUGUCAUCUCCUAAAGCUCUGUUUGUUUGUAAGUUUCCUCUCAUAACCUUCAUUCCCCUUGGGUAUUCUGUGGGUGGAGCCUCCUGGCUGGCUCCAGUCAGGCCCAGGGGCCCUCUCUGCAGGGACACAGCCACCAUCCUGGGGCCUCCUGUUGAACACCCCCUCUGUUUCCCAUAUCCAGAAUGUUUUCUGUUUUCCUGGUUUACUCCCUCCUUUUAAUGGAGAAUAUUGUCUAGUAGCAUCCUGAGAAAGAGAGCAUGGAGGUAAAUAUUUUAAGACUUAAUCUGUGUGCAGGUUUUUUACUCCAUCCUUUCCCUUGAUUAAUAGUUUGGCUGGGAAAAGAACUCUAGCUUGGAAACAAUGUUUCUUCAGAGUUUUUAAGACAUUGCCCCAUUGUUUCUCUGCUUCUAGUGUUGCUAUUGAAAAUUCUGAAGCUAUUACCAUUCCUCAUCCUUUAAUCUGGAAACUCAUGCCCUUUAGUUCUAGGAAAUACUGAAUUAUACAGUUGAUGAUCUCCUCUCCUCCACUCUCUUUUCUGACUUUCUGCAGCUCCUGUAAUUGAGAUGUCUACCUUCUUUUGGACAGGCUGUCUAAUCUUACUUUUUCUUUUCAGCUUCCAUCUUUGCCUUUUUGUUCUGCUUCCUCAGAGUUCCUCAACUUAAUCUUCACUAAAUUGUCCCUUUUUCAAUUUUUGCUAACAAGUUUUUGAUUCCAAAGACCUACUACUUCUCUGAAUUUU